CCCCUGGCUGCUGGUCUACUCUCCUGUCUCCGUGUCGCUCAUCUUCCUGCUUUACCUGUUUGUGACCUGGGCCGGUCCUCGUCUCAUGAAACACAGACAACCUUUGGACCUCAAAGUGGUUCUUAUUCUUUACAAUUUCACCAUGGUUCUUCUGUCUGCAUACAUGUUCUACGAGCUCCAUGUUCACUGUGGAAGUUGACGUGUCAUGGAAGGAGCAGGAUUGGUCGAUGCCACCCUGACGGCAAGCUUCGACACCCCCUGAGGCUGCCUAAGGUCCCCCUCAUUAAUAAGUACUGUUUUUUUGUGUUAAUAUAGCCUAAUGUCAGAUAAAGAAACAAAACUUGUACAAGUAGUAAAUGUGUAGCUUUUACUGUUAAUCUCUGGAAAUAUCCAUCGAAAUGUUUCUAAGGGCGACGCCAUAUUAGACACCACGUUUCCUUCUACAGGAGCGCGUAAGGUCAAAACGCAUUUACUGAUUUGUAACAAACGGUUACAAGACUUUCACCAUUAACAUACAUUUUUACCCAUUUACCUCUUCGCUCGUUGCCGCUGAUGAAAGGGAGUCUUAUGUGCUUGUCAUGUUGCUGGAUGGUGAGCUGCCAGAGAAUUUUUGACCCUAAUGGCCAUCCAUUAUAAGGUCCUAUUCAAACACAAAAAUACAGCUUGCUUGCAGUGAUUUAGCUAUGUACUGCCCCCUAUCGUCAGGGAAAAUACACAUCGUCCUUUUAAUAGCCACUUUCAUCCUCCCUGCCCGCUGGUGGUGGUCGGAGGAACCGGUGGCAUCCGUGCUGGGCCAUAGGCGCUAUACAAAUGCAGGUCGUUUAUCAUGUAUCAAAUGUUUUCAGUUUCUGGUCACGUCCUGGCUCUCAAACUACAGCCUCCUCUGCCAGCCUGUAGAUUACAGCACCAGUCCGCUGGCGAUGAGGAUGGCCAGGGUUUGCUGGUGGUUUUUCUUGUCCAAGGUCAUCGAGCUCAGCGACACGCUCUUCUUCAUCUUGAGGAAGAAGAACAGCCAGCUGACUUUCCUUCAUGUUUAUCAUCAUGGCACCAUGAUCUUCAACUGCUGGGCGGGAGUCAAGUAUGUAACGGGAGGACAGUCAUUCUUCGUCGGCCUGGUGAACUCAUUCGUUCACAUCAUCAUGUACUCCUACUACGGCCUGGCAGCAAUCGGCCCUCACAUGCAGAAGUACCUGUGGUGGAAGCGAUACCUGACCUCUCUGCAGCUGGUGCAGUUUCUCCUCUUCCUCCUGCACGCGAGCUACAACCUGUUCACAGAGUGCGACUACCCCGACUCGAUGAACGUGGUGGUGUUUGGUUACUGCAUCAGCCUCAUCAUCCUCUUCAGCAACUUCUACUAUCAGAGCUACCUCAACAGGAGGAAGCAGAAAUGAUGAAACACUGACAUUAUGGAGAGAUGAAAGCUCAUAAAAAUAUGAAGGUGAAUUAUUGGACAAUUUGGUUAUAUUAUGGAGAUUUUAACAUCAAUGCACUGAACCAAAAAAACACAAAACUCUAAAAGACAACAUAUGUCAGAUUCUAUGUAUUAUUGAAGUCUACAUCCUGGAAUCACCGACACACAAAACUUAUACUGUCCGGCCCAAAAACGUCCUCCUGGAUUUAACAAGGCAAGCAGGUAGGAGCCUCCCAUUAGAGAACUACUGCACGUAGCUGGCUAAAAGUUAUUUAACCCCAACUGGUGCAACAGUUGCUUCUCAUUUCUUAAACAAUCAUGUGGAAAGACACAUCUGGUGGUUGUGGAAAAGAUGUUAGUCUGUGUGAGGAGGGUCAGAUCAUUGGCAUGCAUCAAGCAGAGAAAACAUUUAAGGAGAUUUUAGAAACAACUAAAACUUGGUUAAGAACUGUCCAAUGCAUCAUUAAAACUGGAAGGAUAGUGGAGACCCGUCAUCUUUAAAGAAGGAAUCUGACUGGGAAAAAUCCUGAAUGAUCGUGAUUGGCGAUCACUUAAACAUUUGGUGAAAUCAAAUCAAAGAAAAACAACAGAACUUUGUUUUAUGGUGAUUCAUUUGGAUGCUUGGUUUUAUAUUCUGCUACUUUGUUUACUAUUCUCAUUACAACUGCACAGUUGAGCACAAAGCAAAUAUGGGAUAGGCUCAAAUAAGCCUUGGGUCAGCCUAUUUCAAUUUUGAGCUAAAUUUAUUUAGUGAUCUGUAACUGUACAAAGGUUUAAAGGGGAUAUGUACAAUUGGAAUAAACAUUCAUUCAUUCAUUCA